CUACCUUCAAGCGAUGUGGUACAUACCAAGCAUUCUGACUCUCCAGUGCCACUUGAUGCUGAGAUACAGACGCCGACUCGAUCGAGCUGAGGCUUAUAAAAUGACCAUUAGAGGCAUCAUCAGAACUGAAAAUCGUGGCUUCAACAUGCAGAAACUCUUUGAUGACUUUGCUGCUGCGUGGGAAUGUGUAAUGGAAAAUCUUUUGGAUUAUGGAUGUUUGAGUCUGCAUGGUGGACUAGUCAGACUUCCGCAGGACUCUCAGCUUGCCAUCCUGUUACCAUCAACUACUGGUCCAGGACUCUUACAUUCUCUUGGAGUUCCUUCUCAGAAAAUACAACUAGUUUCUAGAUCGCUACUGUGCAAUUAUCAAACAAAGUGGUGUACCUGAGGUUGCAGUAAAAGACCUGAAGGCAAAUCAUCUCGUUUGUUACCACCCAGACAAAGACCUGUUGCCAUUGGUGCUCGCUAACUGCAACUAUUCUUUCAAGCUUGGUGAGGGAACUAAAGUGGAGUAUGACUUUGAUGGUUUUGAACAUCAGCUUAAAGAAAUUUUGUUGCAAGCUAAGUAAAAAGUACACCAGCAAAAUGUUAUUCUAUUGACUGAUUAUGUAUGUAGCUCUGUUUACGUGAAUUUAGCUCAAAUUUGAAUCUAUUUACAUGUUAAGACCAAUAUAAUAAAAUAGGUGAAAAACAAGACUGCUAUUUCAGUCAUGUGCUAAAUGCAUAUGUUUAUUCAUGUUGGAUAUGCCAAUCAUGCAGACUGUAAUCUGUUAUUCUAUUGACUGAUCAUGUAUGUAGCUCUGUUUACAUGAACCAUUGGAAUACGUAUCAUAACAGCCACAUUUUGUAGUGUUCAUUAUUAACACAAUUAGUUGCUUAAAUAUUAAUACAUUUUAUGUUAUAAUAUUUUAUUUACUAUGUGCCUGUUAAAUGCAAUUGUGAUAUACAUUGCAACCACUGCAGUAAUAUUUUAGAUCACGCAAGCAUGAAUGUUUAAUAGAUGGAUAUUUUUGUUCAAUUUGCUACUUGUCAGACUUUGAUAAUCUACACUUUACAUUUUAAUUAACGCAGUUUGGGUAUUUAUGAUGUUAAAUGAUUGUGUUCCACCUACAGAUUAAUAUUUUUCUAUUGUAUUUACCCAUGUAUAUUUAGCCUGGGAUAUGAUUGUUAGCUUGCUUGCUUCUUUAAUAAAGUGAUAUUUUCACACA